AUGACCACAGAGUCGCGCAUGAAGCAGAAACAAGUCCAUCAAGAUGCAAAUUGUACUCGCCUACAUGGAUGGCGGCAGGCUCCGGAAGACGGGCCGUCCACUUCCGACUCCCACCACGAUAGCUGGCCAACUCCAUGGACCAGGCGGCAUGUCGCCAUUGGAGCUGCGGUCGCGCUGGGUGCAAUGGCAGGAAGCGACCCCGUGCAAGCCGCGAAGACGGUGGUCCUUCGCGACGGUACGGAGGUGCAGGCGUUCGAGCACGGCAUGACACUGGCCAUCGUGGCCCUGCGCGGCUCCAUCCCCGCCCAAUGGACUCUGGACUUCCAGACUGCCAUCGGGAAGUACUGCGGCUUCUCUUUGGAUCAGAGAAUGCAGCUGGCGGAUAUAUUCAAGGAGCUUUCCGACACCAGUGGGGAGAACAAGCGCAGUGCGGGGCUGGCGGACGUCAUCACCCUGGGGGACAUCUGGAUGGGUGCCGCCAUCCAGAGGGGGCUGCUGCAGCCCAUCCCUGGAGCCACCUCCAGCCGCUGGUACCGCAUGUUGCCGCAGCGACUGAGACAACUGGGGCACAGGAACGCGGCGGGAAUGCCGGACCCUACAGGAGAAGUGUACGCUUACCGCCGCGACCGCCUUCUUCGCCGCGGUGGUCGGCCCAUUCUGGACUGGUGCGAUCUGCUACAGCCGGCACUUGCGGGCCGUGUGGCCAUGUUGGACUCGCCCAGGGAGCUGCUGGCUGCGGCAGUGCGGAGUCUGGCAGCAGAAAACGCGGGUUUGGGGGACGGAGGCGGCAGGGGGGUGGACGGGGGGAAGUCGGGGAGGGCUUGGGUGUCCGUCAACGCCAGCGCGCGGGAGCUGGCUGCCGCGGGUAUCAGCGAGGAGGUGCUGCAGGGUCGCGUGGCAGCCUUCCGGCGGCAGGUGCGGUUGUUCAGCAGUCAGGACCACGUGCGGGCGCUGCAGGCGGGGGAUGUGUGGGCGGUGGUGGGCUACUCGCAGGAGCUGGUGCAGCUGGCUGAGCGGUCUGGUAGCAGUAUAGAGCUGCUGGCGCCGCUAUCCGGGACUCAGCUGUGGGCGGAUGUGUGGGCGGUGCCCGCGGGGGCCAGGGGAGGUCACCGCCACAGUGGCCCCAGCCCGCUGCUUCCCGUGUGGAUCGAGUUCACUUUGUCACCGGGGCGCAUUACGGGGCAGCCCAGUCUGAAGGGCGGUGCCCCGGCAGCGCUGCUACCCGCAACCCCCGAGCCCACCGAUCCCGCAGCUACCCGCCUGCUGGCCGCGAUACACGAACACCGCCGGCACCUGCUGGAGGCUCGUGCCGCAGCGGAAAGCCAGGGGCCGCUGGCAGCCGCACGCCGGGUGUCCCUGCUGAAGCCCUUUCUCAGUGACCCGUGGGUCAGUCAUGCCUCUGGCGCCGGCCUAAAUGGGGCCGGGAGUGGGGGCAAGCGGCACGAUGUUGCAGGGGAGGAGAGCCAUGGGGCAGCCAUGGGGACGGUGGCGGCAGCGACUCCGACCCGUGGGUCCGUAUUUCCAUCCGUUGAGCUGCACCACGCCAAUGGAUACCUGCCUGCAGCGCCGUUGCUUGCGCGGAGCGAGUUUUUACUGCCGUUGCCUGAUGAGGCUACGGCAGAGAUGUACCGCAGGGUGCUGGGCGAUAUGACGAAGACAACACCAGCGGGAGCCUCCGCGUCCUGAGGGACAGGCGUCCAUUGGUUGCUACCAGGUCUCCUACUUUGUUGCUAUUACUUGGUGCUUACCAGAUGCAUGGUUGCUCGUUACUUGGUGCUUUGUUUCUGCCCUCUAUCUAUGUGAGGUGUCAUAUCCCCCGUUCGGCAACUGGGGCGCGAGUGGAGGGUUCUUAGGGCGUCGUUUUAGCGAGUCCGGUUGGUGGUUGCUUGUGUUUGCAAGACUCCCUCGCUUUGCUGGUCGUGGUAUGACUGUUCAUUGCUAAAAUCCAACUAAUAAAUCUAAUGGACUAGCAUUAUAAUCUGACUAAAGUAAACUGGCUUGCAGGUG